AUGGCACCAAAGAAGGCAAAGAGGAGGGCAGCGGCCGGAGAGGGCUCGUCCAACGUCUUUUCCAUGUUUGAGCAGAGCCAGAUCCAGGAGUACAAAGAGGCUUUCACAAUCAUUGACCAGAACAGAGACGGAAUCAUCAGCAAAGACGAUCUUCGCGAUGUGCUUGCCUCUAUGGGUCAGCUGAACACAAAGAACGAGGAGCUGGAGGCCAUGAUCAAAGAGGCCAGCGGCCCCAUCAACUUCACUGUGUUCCUCACAAUGUUCGGAGAGAAGCUGAAGGGUGCUGACCCUGAGGAUGUGAUCGUGAACGCCUUCAAAGUCCUGGAUCCUGAGGGGACAGGAAGCAUCAAGAAGGAAUUCCUGGAGGAACUCCUGACCACCCAGUGCGACCGGUUCACCAAGGACGAGAUCAAGAACAUGUGGCAGGCCUUCCCCCCUGAUGUUGCUGACCCGCCCCUCACCCACCCUGGCCCCGCCCCUCACGCUGCCCCUCCCCCCUCCUGA